CCCUGAUCGCCUCCGUCUUCCUCCUGGUGCAGGGUGGGUGUUGUCAUCAUCACCUUCGCCACCACGACCAUAAUCGAAACUCACCCAUCAUCGAUCGAGAACCGUGACCGCUAAUGUGCUAAUGCCUAUCCGUACCCACCCAUCUCCCCAUGGCCCCAUGUCUCCCCAUGUCUUCAUGUGUUCCUCAUCUCCGGUGCUCCCUGUGGUUCCCAAUGCCUCUCCAUGUCCCACUGUAUCUCCCUGCAUCUGUCCAUGGCAACCUGUGUUUCGCCAUGUCCUCUAUUUCUGUCUCUUCGUGUCUCCCCCUGUUUCCUCCUAUCUCCCAAUGUCUUCCCCUGCCUCCCCAUGUCUCCCUGGCGUGCCCGUGUCUGCACAGCAACUGCCCAGGGCUGUGGGGUGCCCAGUUACCCACCCAUCGAGAGCCGCGUGGUCAAUGGAGUGGAGGCGAGACCCAACAGCUGGCCCUGGCAGAUCUCCCUGCAGUACCUGUCUAGCGGGUCCUGGUACCACACGUGCGGUGGGACCCUGAUCGACCCCCAGUGGGUGCUCACGGCGGCCCACUGCAUCUCCUCUCGCACGUACCGCGUGGCUGUGGGUGAGCACAUCCUGACGGUCGAGGAGGGCGGAGACGAGUAUCAUGACGUGGACCACAUAACGGUGCACGCCGGAUGGAACAGCAACAACGUGGCUGGCGGGAAUGACAUCGCUCUCAUCCGCCUGGUCAAGCCCGUGACCCUGACCAACAAGGUGCAGCUGUCCUGCCUUCCCCCCGCUGGGCUGGUGCUGCCCAACAACUACGUCUGCUACAUCACGGGCUGGGGCCGUAUCGCCACUGGAGGUGCCCUGCCCGAUGCCCUGCAGCAGGCCAACCUUCCCGUGGUGGACCACGCCACGUGCAGCCAGCCCAGCUGGUGGUCGAGCACCGUGCAGACCAACAUGGUCUGCGCCGGAGGAGACGGAUACGACGCCGGGUGCAACGGUGACUCUGGUGGCCCCCUGAACUGCAUCAACUCUGCGGGCAAGUGGGAGGUGCACGGCAUCGCCAGCUUCGUGUCUUCUAUGGGCUGCAACUACAUCCGCAAGCCCACCGUGUUCACCCGCGUGUCGGCGUUCAACGACUGGAUCGACAGCGUGAGUGUAACAGGAGGGUACUGGGAGAACCUGGGCACCCCUCCCCCCACCAAGUCCCCCACCCCACCACAGCAGUCGCUCUUAAGAUUUGUCGUUAUGCGCACGUACGCGGCCCAAACGCUGGACUCGAAGCCAAUCAUUUACCAAUGA